CUCGCUCGUAGACGGUUUGUACAGCUGUUUCACGUUGCUAAUAUUUUGCGCAAGAUGUUAUCCGCGAUUUAGUUACUUGCGAGGCAGUGAUGCAAACAAGCCCACUUGAAAAUAAAGGAAUUCUUGUGUGGCUGUCUUUUGGAUAAGAAGACCCCUGUCUCUCUUAGCCCACUAUGCGGAGGCUUAACGAUACCGAACCCGUCCGCAUAGGUCGCAUAUAACGGAUAUUUUAUGGAAGGUGGGACGAGGGAGAGGUUGUGAGGCUGGGGAGUCGGGACAUCGGCUGAGCUGGGGAGAGGAGCGUUAGCAAGCUAGCUUUUGUGACGGUAACGGUUAUAACGGAACAGUGACUUUUCCGUACAACAGCCCGUUGGUUCGGUUAUCAUGGCUACGAAUGGUAACGUUAACAAUUUAACGCUAACGCCUGGGAUGGGAGAUAUCAUCCAGUUAAACGUCGGUGGGACAAGGUAAGCUUCGUCAACAGGACAGCUCGACAGAUGAUGGUCAUCUUUUGGGAAAUUUGAGCUCUGGCUACGUACGUGUAUGAUGGUAUCUGCAUGGCCAAGCAGCCAUGGAUGUAGCUGAAGUAGAUACACCACUCAAGGUUGUGUUCAGCACCUCCAGACAGACUCUGAUGUGGAUCCCGGACUCUUUCUUCUCAAGUUUGCUGAGUGGAAGGAUAUCCACUCUUCGGGAUGAAACUGGAGCUAUAUUUAUUGACAGAGACCCUACAGCUUUUGCACCAAUUUUGAAUUUCCUCCGAACCAAAGAACUGGACCUGCGGGGUGUCAACAUCAGUAUCCUGCGACAUGAAGCAGAGUUUUACGGGAUAACUCCUUUAGUACGGCGCCUGCUGCUGUGUGAGGAACUGGACCGCUCAUCAUGUGGCAGUGUUCUCUUCCAUGGUUACCUGCCGCCCCCAGCCAUCCCUGCCCGUAAGUCGAGCCCUGCCUCAGCAGCCUCUGCCUCCUCCUCUGAGGUGCAGCCGGGUCCAAGUGGAGCAGAGGGCUUCACCCGUGUUGGUCCCCCUCCUCACCCUUCCCUUUCUGGACCACCUGGAACAGACGAUAACCACAAACUGGGUCCUGUGGUUGACCCGAGGAAGGUGCUGAUUAUAGCGGGACACCACAACUGGAUUGUAGCAGCUUAUGCUCACUUUGUCAUCUGCUACAGGAUAAAGGAAUCUUCUGGAUGGCAGCAGGUGUUUUCCUCCCCCUACCUUGACUGGACCAUUGAACGCAUCGCACUUAACGCCAAGGUGGUGGGUGGCCCACAUGGGGACAAGGACAAGAUGGUGGCCGCCGCCUCUGAAAGCAGUAUCAUCCUCUGGAGCAUCCAAGAUGGAGGCAGUGGCAAUGAGAUAGGUGUAUUCAGUCUCGGUGUACCUGUGGAUGAUCUCUUCUUCAUUGGGAACCAGCUGGUGGCUACAAGCCAUACAGGGAAGGUUGGGGUGUGGAAUGCCGUCACACAGCACUGGCAGGUUCAAGAUGUGGUUCCUAUUACCAGUUGUGACACAGCAGGAUCCUUCCUACUACUGGGCUGCAACAAUGGCUCUAUCUACUACAUAGACAUGCAGAAGUUUCCACUGAGGAUGAAGGAUAAUGAUCUUCUAGUGACAGAGCUUUAUCAUGACCCUUCAAAUGAUGCCAUCACUGCGCUGUCUGUCUACCUCACACCUAAAACCAGUGUGAGUGGGAACUGGAUAGAGAUAGCCUAUGGGACUAGCAGUGGUGCGGUGAGAGUGAUCGUGCAACACCCGGAGACAGUGGGAUCGGGCCCCCAGCUCUUUCAAACAUUCACUGUGCACAGAAGCCCAGUGACAAAGAUUAUGCUGUCUGAGAAACAUCUGGUAUCAGUGUGUGCGGACAACAACCACGUUCGGACGUGGACGGUGACCCGGUUCAGAGGGAUGAUCUCCACCCAGCCAGGCUCCACCCCUCUGGCUUCCUUCAAAAUACUGUCCCUGGAGGAGACGGAGAGCCACGGGAGUUACUGCUCUGGGAAUGACAUAGGUCCAUUUGGAGAGAGAGAUGAUCAGCAGGUUUUCAUACAGAAGGUGAUCCCCAUCAUCAACAAACUGUUUGUGAGGCUCUCAUCUACUGGAAAGAGGAUCUGUGAAGUGCAGUCGGUGGAUGGGACCACCAUCUCUUGCUUCAUGGUACGGGAGUGUGAGGGUUCAAGCCGGAUGGGGUCGCGACCUCGGCGCUAUCUGUUCACCGGUCAUGGCAACGGCAGCAUCCAAAUGUGGGACCUGACCACUGCGAUGGACAUUGCUAACAAAGGAGAGGAGAGGAAGAGAGAGGAUGUUGGUGGGCCGACAGAGGAGGAACUGCUGCAGCUGUUGGACCAGUGCGACCUGAGCACCUCCCGCUGUGCUACACCAAAUAUUAGCCCCGCCCCCUCCGUGCUGCACCACACACGCCUCAGAGAGUCCUGCUCUAGCCUGCAGUUACAGGCCCCGGAGCCCAUUCCUGAGAGCCAGGCUACUUAUGGAGCUGUGCGACCCUACAGAGAGAGCCCCCUGCUGGCCCGAGCUCGACGAACUGAGUCCUUCCACAGCUACCGAGACUUCCAGAACUUCAGCCUGAGUCGAGGUUUCCUGGACAGCACAGGUCAGACGUCCACACAGCGCCCCAGCCAGACCACUGACGCCCGCCGCUCGCUCUGUGACUUUGGGCCUGACGACAGUGAGAGGAGAGCCACAGCUAUGGAGUUCUGGGCUUGCCGAACAGCCAGUUCAAGCUCGCCCAUACAUAUCGGAGCUAUGACGACUGCUGGUGUUUCUGGGGUGAAGGCAGAAGGUGGUCAAGAGUCUCCACGGCAACCUCCUGACAGCCCGAUUCCUGGAGGUGACGUUAGGCGAAAGGUGCACCCACAACCAGAGGAGGGAGAGGGUGUGGGAUCAGGGGGAGAUGGGGUGAAAGCGGAGGGAGGUGUGAGGAAGAGGGGAGUACUAGAAGGAGGCUUUCUGGGGAGGAAGAGGGCUCCCCCAGUCCCCCACCUCUCCUCCCUCCCCCCUGGAUCUGAUGGUUCUGGCAGCGACUCAUCUGCCAACGCGUCCCCCUCCCCAACCAAACUUGCUUCCUCUACUUCACCACGACACAGGAAGCUGGCCCCUGAGCUGUCCAGUCAGGACAGCAGCCUGUGAUAGCGUUAUGUGCCCACCCUUUUCUUUUGAUCCCAAUCAGAGGAAUCAUCUUGUAGAAGCGUCCAUGUGGGAGAUGAGGCCUGGAUAUCACAGCAGAGGAGGAAUGUGGCUUCAUCUACAGGAAACCACUUCAAUUGCUUCAACUCCACUUUUUUUGGGGGGUAUGGUUCAUGAUGUAACUGGAUAAAGGACCAUCUUCUUGCUACCAUGUUUUAAUGAAUCUGUGUCUCCUUCACUCAGUUUGCUUUUUAUGCUGAAAAACUUUAAUUUAAGCCUUUUUUUAUCAGUGGAAUUCAAACAUUGGUGUCACACUUUUGACUACAAAAUCUGACAUGAAGCAGCAGACACAAUGUCCCAACGAUAACAUGCCAUUUCAACCAGGGCAGGAAUGCAUUUUGUUUUUGAUCUUUUAAGGAUUUCAAGUUCUAUCACACUUGUAAAAUCUGCUGGGCACAACUGGAGCGCCUAUUAUCUCAGUUUGCUUUUGGUAUUUGCUUCAGGUUGUCUUAACAGAUGAUGAGGGUGAUGAGGUCAACACCUUCAGGCACAAAUCUGAUAGCAAUAUGGCUGCUCAGUUAGCCCUGGAGAACUGCUGAAAUCGGUUUCUCUCCGUGUUGAUGUUGUUCACUCUGCAUCUUAAACAUACAGUAACUACAGCAACAUCCAAACGUCUGCUCGGCCAGGUUUUGUCAAGGUUUGGUUGAAGUGUUAGGCCACUGAUGUGUACAAUGAAUCAUUAACUCAUCUAGGUUCAUCAAAAUGAAAAACAAAACAAAACAAAACAAGCAAAUAAGCACAGUACUAGAAAUACAAUGAGGGUUUCAAACACUAUCUAAGGAGUGCUUUAUCUUGAGACCCUUAAGCAGCUAAUGGAAGCAAAAUGGAAUUAACAAAGGCACAGCUUGUAUUUUAUCAGAUAUUUUAAGUGUUUUUAUUGACUUAUAGUCUGGUAGGAAUGACUUAAAUCAUCCAGCCUUACACGAAACAUCUGCUUUCGAACAGAACCCAAAUGUAAAAUUUCUUGAGAUCUUCAACUAAAGAUUUUCAUUAUCAGAAAAUUUUAAAAUACUCAAUUUACAAUGAUAUAAAACAGAAAAAGCAGCAAAUCCUUACAUUUGAGAAGCCUAAACCAGCAGAUGUGUUCCAUUUUUGUUAAAUACAUUGUUGACCAAACAAUUAAAACAAAUAGUUUCAGCACUAGUUCUAUAUAACAUUGCUUUUUUUUUGCAAACCCUUCAUACAAAAUAACUAUUUGUAAAGAUUACUUUCUACAAUCUAAAAGCAUGAAAGACCAUUCAAAAAUAUAGAGUAUUCGUCUCAGACUUCUGACUGUACCGAAUCAAGCUUUUGUGGCAGGUGACUCCAAACUUUUGAGUGGUAGUGUAGAUUUAUAAAAAGGAUCUGGCCCCUUUUAAUGAAAGAACUCAAGAUGAUGUCAAGUGUCUCUGACAAUAUGUGAAAUUUGUCAUUCAAUGAAUUCUUACUUAUACCUACCUUAAUCAUGUUACCCUAGCCAGAAUCUUGGCAACUACUUGAAUCCUAAUGCUGCAGCCAGAGACACAGUGGUUAUUGUUGUUGAAGCAAUGACACUAAAAGCCAACAGUCAGCAAGCAGUAAAGUCAUUUUGCAGCUCCAGCAUGUAGUAAAACCUUCUGGGUUUGUUGUUUGACAGUUCAAUGACAACUAUGCAACAUUGGAGUUUAGAUGUAGAACAGCCAAACUAACACACUGUGGUUUCUACAUGAAGGCUUCAGGAUUGCCAAAUGGUGAUAUGUGUUACACAUAGUUACAGGCCAAUUGCAUUAUGAACUUAUACUAACAGUAGCAUAACAGCCUCCUUGCUUCUCAACAAAGGCAAAAAAGUACUUGUGUGCAACAUGUGACAGCAGUGUAUAGACCUUUUCCAUAGCAGACGUUUUGACUUAUCAUAGCAGGAAAAGCAAAGGUAAAACAAAUGUCACUAGUGAUGGCUCAGUUUCAUUAAGUGUCCCAGAAAGCCAUGACAGUGAGCCAGCAUGCACAAUACCAGGACCCUGAAACUAGCUCACCUAAAUGGAAUGAAGUCGUUGUUAAUGUUAUUAAUUACACCUGUGCUUUUCCUGCUAUGACAGGUUCAAAUGUUUGCUGUGAGAAAAGUAUAAUCCAACAUAGCAAUUUGAGUCAGUUUCAUUAAACAUUUGUAAAUGUGAAUUUGACAGAAAUUAGUGGCACACAGCUGGAGCAUUACAGUUUUUGGGAAGUUUUUAUGUUUGUUUUUUUUUUUGGAGAUUGAUCCUUUAAAAAGAUCACAUUUAUACUAACAGUGACGGCAAAUCAACUUUAGCUACAUUUAUACAGGAAUCAGUUAUGCUUUGUGUUCUAUACAGUAUAUGACCUUUUCCUUGAUGUCUAAACGGAGAGAAAUUAUAUGGUACAUGUUUUUAUUGCUGGUCAGACGGAUACAAAAAGCAGUGGUGCCUGUGCAUAUCACACUAAUUAUUAUUAUUUAUAUUUUAUUUUUUUACAGUAUCACAAUAUAACUACACUCAACUCAAUACAAGGACCUACACUAAUCACUUUACUCCCUUUGAAACAGAUUUGAAUGUGUUGUUGUUUUGUUUUGGAUGACUGUUGCAGUGCCUUAUUUAACUUGUUUGACGGUUAUCAGCCUGUUUGUGUGUUUUAAUUGAAAAGGAUUCUGACCAAAGGCUUGUGAAGACUGAGCUCAUUGUGGAGCCACAUAACGGACAUGUCCACUCUUGGCUUUGGCUAGAAUUGUCUUAUGAUAGAUUUACACCAGGCCAAAUUAGAUUUCAUGAGUGGUCACUUGAAUUGAUAGGCAUUACAUAUUAAAUUAUUAGCAUCUAUUAUAAAUUUUAAAUAAUCUUGACAUAGAUUAAAGCUGGAAUGUCUGUCCUUCUUCCUGACACCUGGGGAAUUAUUAUCUGUAGUUUGAGGUGAACCAACUCUUUCACUUCCAAGCAAAUAAUGGUAAAAUAUGAGUGUAUGCUCUGUAGGAAACAAACACAAUGCACCUUGGUUAUGAUAUAGUUAUGAAGGCUGAAAAGGACAGCUGAAAGUUAAAUUUUAGCAACCUUAAUUAGCAUAGUCAUUCUGUGAGCUAAACCUGCUUCUUUACUGCUUGAACCCAUCAGAUCCCCGGUCAGAUUUCCACUAGCAGUUUGUUUGGGAUAAGUUAAAGAAACCAGGCCAGCUCUUGAUCUACGGUUCUUUUUUAUAACCAUUGUGGAGAUAAACUGUAAACUAGAAAGAAAUGUUAUAAUUUGCCAAAUCAAGCAGCUAUAUAAACUCUUUGUAAGUAGUUUAUAUCACAUUACUUAUCAUUUCAUCAUUAAAAGAUGAACUGACCAUGUGGUCCCUGCCUGUACAAAGAUGUACAUUUUGAUACACUAACUGUAUGGAAAGUUACAGAAGCCCUGAGAGACAAGAGCGAAAAAAAAUUCUGCUGAUCCAUUUUCUAAGUCUGAUCUAAAUAGUUUUCUCUCCUGUGUUUAUGACUUAAGAACAGGUGGAAAAAAAAGGUUUUGCCAAGAUAAUCUUUCUAAGCUCCUUAAAUUUUCUUUUUUUAUCUGGGGGAAAAAAGCUUUGACAGGUAAUUAUUUUUUUGUCAGGAUAAUCUGUGUUUGUUGUUGUAAUACUCAUUUCGGCCACAAGAUGCUGAAGUGCACCACAAAACCAUGUUCUAAAUAGGACUAAAAGCACUCAGGUUUUCUUCCAGGUAAUGCACCGAUUAAAAUAUAUUUCUAGCCAAAAGAAAGACAUGACAGUAAUGUUAAAUAACUCGUUAACACACAAUAUAUUGUAUGUACCUUGUGUUUAGAGUGCAUGGAGAAAUGAAAACUCAACUGGAAGAAAACAUGAAGGCUUUUAGUCAUAUUUAGAACAUGGAGUAGUGAUGCACUUCAGCCUCUUGUGGCAGAAAUUGAGUAUUACAACAACAAACACUUAAAAAAUUAUCCUGACAAAAAACAACAACAAAUCAUGUCCUUUGGUAUCUUUUCACCUGUUCUUAAUUCAUAAACACAGGAGGGAAAACUAUUUAGAUCAGACUUAGAAAAUGGAUCAACAGAUUUUUUUUUCUCUCACUUGCCACUCAAGGCUUCCGUAGAAGUAGACGUUCAUAUUUAAAACAAAAUCCUAAUAUGGAUGCAUUGAUGUGUGUGUUGGUGUGUUGAUACUUACACUGUUGUUCAUUACAUAUUGUUGAUAAUCAUAAUGCCUAUGAUAUUAUCAUGCUAUUGGACCUAACUGCAUUUGCACUUGCACUAUUAAGACUAAUAUUAAAGUAACUUGCUAGUGUUUAUUUUAUAUAAAAAUUAUAACGUUUAAAAUGUAUUUCAGCACAUAACUGUUUGUCUGUCCUCUGAAGAUCUGUCUGUCCUUAUUUGUCAUCCCUCAGUUCCUCUCUGGCUAUGUUUACAUUAUAUUACAGCCAGAUGCUAGUGAGCUAAAAGGAAUACAUAUCUGUUUGUUUAAACUGCCCUGAACAUCUUUGUUUUACAUUGUUUGUUUGAAAUGCUGCAUUAUGUUGUAAUAUUAUUUACAGUUGCCUACAGUACUGACCCCAUGGUCAAAUAUAAUGUUAACAUUGAACUUUCAGAGCCACAGUGUGCAUGCAAUUUAAGUUACAACUGUGUUCACUAAAACCUUUCAAAACUGGACAUUUUUCCUUUCUUGAACUCUCAGAACAUUAAGAGGUAAAUUCACAGUGAUAAAAUAAAGUUGUUUUGUUAUUCUUCCAUUUUGACAUAGUUCAUCUGAAGAAAAUAGCAAACAUUUAGCUAUUUACAUAAGAUCCUUCAAAUCUGUAUUAUUACAAAGCUGAAAAGUUUAGCGUUUGGUAUGCAUGGUUUAACACAUUGUAUAGGACAACAUGAUAAUGUUCUGGGACCAUUAAAUUCACUCCAGAUAUACAGACAAAUAUCAUAAACAACAGAUUAAGAGUAACUGAAAACAUUUGAAAAAUUAUAAUUUUUAGCGCAUAGUUUGUGUGGAUAACCUGCCAAAGAGCAUUUGAUUUGUUUGAGCGUCAGAGGUGUGUGUUGUGUCAGUCUCCCCAGCGCUUUCAUUUCACUAACCUUCCUGUUCAGUCUCCUCUCUGAGACGCCGUCUGUCGUCAUUGUGAUUUAUGAGUUUAAUAAAAGCCUGUGUGUGUGUGUGUGUGUAGCUCAGGGCCAUACUGUCCCUUACAAUCACUCCACAAGCUCUCUUUUCACAACCUCUCCCUCCCUCUGUUGCUGACAAUAGCUGUGAAUGUGGCUGUGAAUGUUUUAGAAGUGCCCUUGUCAGACUGGUGUCCUUGAGCGAGGGCACGGUUGUUACUGCCAGUUUGUUAAUUUCAAACUUGGCUUGAUGUUCCCUUAAGGGACGCAGGAGCAAAACUAAAUUACUGCUGCAUAGUUUUGAUGGAGAUACCAGCCCUCUGUGUGUUUAUGUGUGUGCGCUGGUGUGUGUGUGUGAGACUGUGUGGUAACUAAGUCUCUGUACAGCUGAUGGCAUAUCUGUGUUUUACUAAGUCAGCAGAAAAUAAUUCCUUAAAUGGCAUUUCAUCUUCCACUCGAUCACCAUGACCAGUCUGAGUCUCUGUGAGGAACAAAUGCAGAUCGAGCAGCUUCAUUUGUGACAUCUAGUAGUAUUCAGUAUAUCUCAGUUCUGUCCCCAAGUGUGUUCCUCACUCCUGUACACACACACACACACACACGUGCAAAUCAUUCAACUGUAUGUGCAAACUAUUUCCUGUUCAUAAUUGUAUUUCUACAAUUUUAAAUGAAUAUUUAAACUGAGGCACAAUAUUAACCUCAUCAUGGAACAAAUAUUCAUGUAUCACAUGUGUGGAGUUUUUGUCAUUUGUCAUUGUAACGCUUUUAUGUCUUCAUGCAUUGAUAUAACAUUGAACAUGGAAUUGGUACGUUUGUGUGUCUUUUGAACUGCUGCUCUUAAAUACCGACACCUCCUCUGUUCAUGACGGAGUAAAACAAUAUUAAACUGCU